GCUGUUCUGAAGGCAACAGCACAAGGACAGGUAAGACAGAUUCCUGAGCUGCUCUUUUGUCUUCGGGCCAAAGCAUUUUCUCGGUGCGUCUCUAUGUAGUUGCUGUGGAAGUGGUCAUCAUGGACUGCGUGCUAGAGGGAGCUACAGUGUUAAGCAUCUGUAAACUGGUUUGUUCUCUGCCCUUUGUGCAAUCCAUGGUCACCUCAACCACCAGCCCCUUCAGCUUCUGUAGCAUCUGCCUCCUGAUUUUCACUGAUGUAAUCCUAACAGUUUUCUUCAGUUGCCUGCUGGUUUUGGAGCAUUUCCAGAUCAUAAUGCCUUUCACUGGUGACUACAUCGCCUUGCGCUGCCUGCUCUUCAUCUGUCACACAUAUGGCACAGUCUUCCUCCUGACUUUACCUGAAAUUAUCGUGGACACUUUCAUCAGACAUCUAGCAGAAAAAGAAACAAAGGAACAACAAAAUUCCAUGCAAAACAAUGCUGCUGAAUGUUCAGACAAAACGGGAAAAAAGCCAACUUUGCUUUACUACAUUACUGCAUACAUCUUUUGCUUGUCUAUUUGGAUAUUCGUGGCUCUUAACACCAGACUGAAGUUUAAUUUGGAGGAAAUGUGGGCAGAAGCAUGUUUAUACACCACCAAAUCUCUUUUCACAUCUCUUGCUGUAUGCUCUUUCCUACUAUGGAGAAAAUACACUGAACUAGCAACUCCAGAUGUUGACACCAGCGAGGCACAAUGCACCUGUACAAUCCAGAUGUAUGACAAACGUGAUGUUGGACUCUCCCCUGAAUGCACACUAGACACACCCAAACUGUGGCCAGUGUAA